UGCGUGCCGAUCCAAAUCCAGGUGUAAUAUGUGUGCGUGCAUCCUGUAAAACCAUGCCUAUUACAUGUGCCAUAGCACAGUAAAGUCAUCAAAGAAAGAACUGUUGUUGACUGAGUUCCUGGGUUCUGACCAGCCCACCAGGGCAAGUGAUCCCUUCCACAGUCCUUUAAAGAUAGAUGCAAAAUUUCCAAAUCCUACAAAUGGUCCUUCGAGCCGGAUGAUCACUUCUCUGGAUUAAGAUGUCAGUCAGUUCUGAACCAGUAAAUCCCUCGGUUCGCCCAAAGCGUCGUCCAGCCUAUUUACAAGACUAUGAGGUGGGCUUGCAGAGCUUCCGUAAAUCAGCGUCACCAGUUAGUACGAGAGAACAACCGGUGGAGUCAUCCGAUGACGAUUACUCUUCAUCACAGUUUGGAGCAUCUGCUGCAAAGCCUAAGAGAGAGCACAGUUUACAUAUCUUUUCUUCUCCUUCGAGGCUGACAGUCAGGGAUAAGCAUCGUGACCGUCCAAGUCUUCUGCAGCAGCACAUUUCCAGUCCUGCCCACCAGACAUCACCACAAUAUCCAAACCGAGAACUACAGUUUGAAUCCAAUGCAGAGUUCGUUCCCCUUGGUGAUGAAGUUGAUGGAUACCAGAGCGAUAGAUCAGAUGUUAGCUCCCUAAAGUUACAAAGGAUCUCGGAGGAGAAUUUAAAGCUUCGUGAAACACAGCAGGCCAUACAAGCUGACCUUAAACGGAUUGAGACAGCCAAAGAUGAGCUGAUUCAGCUUUUAGACAGAGCCUGUAGUCUGCAAAGGCCUUUAUCUAUGUCCAACACCCGGUCUGACCAUCCAUCCGUUAAAUUUCACCAUGCAGCAGAUGCGGGUGAUGAAGGCUGGCCAGAGCCUCCUCCACCUAUUGCAUACGAUGAGCCAGAAAAUAUUAAUCAGUGCGGCAAGCAAAUGUUAUACAGCACUACAAGGGCCACACCGACACUUACCCCUAGACUCACUUCAGUUGAGCAGACUAGGGAUUUCAGCUAUCCAAGUACGUAUGAUAACCAGCUCAGGUAUGGCCAGUAUCCUGCCCGACAGAUAGAUCCUCCGUAUGCACCACCAGGACAUCUUUAUCCUGAACAACACAGGAGGGCUUCCUAUAAUGUGUCACCUCCUGUGGCAUCUGUGGAUCUGACAGAGAAAUAUUACAAAGGUCCAUCCCCCACCAUUCCUUACUUCCGUACCAAAGAUCCAAGUGAGUUUGCUCGAUUAAAAAUAGCCUUGGACAAUCUUCUGCCACCUGAUAGUACUGAGAUGUUCAAGUAUCAAGUACUGGUUGACCACCUGAAAUUAGACGAUGCUUGUCUAAUAGCAGACUCCUUCUUGCACUCCCCUACACCUUACCGAGACACCAUGUUGGCCCUCAUUGAGCGGUUCGGUCAGCCCCACCAGGUAGCAUUAAGACGGAUUGCCACUAUUCUUGAUUCACCUGAUAUAAGCCGCAAUGACCCCUCAGCCUUUGAGAAGUUCUCUCUUCAAGUGCAGUCUUUAGUCGGUCUGCUUAAGACUUUGAACCAGGCAGGGAGCAUGGAGUUGCAUUGUGGGUCGCAUGUUGCAUGCCUCCUCAAUAAGCUGCCACCUGAAAGACGGGCCGAUUUCCGCCGCCACAUGUUACAUCGGCCUGGGGUGACAUACUCAUUGGUAGAUCUGGCAGAAUGGCUGAAAUAUGAGUCUUGGUGCCAAAGCUAUGAUGAUCAAACUGCCAAGGGAGAAAGCCGAGCCAAACGAGAUCCCAGAGUAGCUCCACGAACAUGCCGAACCACUGCCACUGUACUGACUGGGUCUGGAAAUAGGGCUGAUGGGAGAGCCACUGCGUAUUCUCCUGCAAACGUUGAUGAGAAAGCUAAAGGUAGGCCCAUGAUAUAUUGCUCUUACUGUCAGAACUCCGAACAUGCUUUCAGUCAGUGCCCCAAAAUUCCAACCCUUACCAAAGAUCAGCUCUCAGAGUGGAUACGAGCCAAUAGGAGAUGCUGGCGUUGUGGUCUUGGCCAUCAAGCUGCCCAUUGUGGUCUAAAGAAACCAUGUCCACUUUGUCAGAGGAAGCAUCUACGAAUCCUCCAUGAAGUAAAUGAGAGGCCGGUCAAAGAUGCAUCCAAAACCGAGGUUUGCUUAGUCAGCUCAGCGACACAGACACUGUACCUGAACAAACCAGUCAGCAGUAAUAAAGUUUUGCUCAAGGUUGUCAGAGUACUCCUACAUCAUGGCAAUUGCACAUUAGACACAUUCGCAAUCCUGGAUGACGGUUCUGAGCGUACAAUGCUUCUGCCAGAAGCAGCACAGAAACUUGGCUUGAGAGGUACUGUAGAAAGCUUAGCUCUGAGAACAAUCCGUUAUGAUGUGCAAACCCUUAAGGGGGUUUCAGUCUCAUUCCACAUUUCUCCAUACUCCAAUCCGAAGAAGCGAUAUCUCAUAUCCAGAGCCUUUACUGCGCCACAGCUUGAUCUCAUUGACCACUCGUACCCAAUUUCCAAGCUGCAGAAGCAGUACAAACACUUGGCUGGACUACCAUUACAGUGCUUCGAAAAGGCUAAACCUCUCAUCCUUGUUGGUGCAGAUCAAACUCACAUGAUCUCACCAAUUGAACCAGUAAGACUUGGUCCACGGGGUGGUCCCGCUGCAAUAAGAACCAAACUAGGCUGGACAUUGCAGGGCCCUACCAGCCUGUUGGAGCAGCAACUUAAGCCAAAAGAGUGUCUCUACAUAUCCCUUCCCCCCAGCACCACAGAACUGUUCAAGAAUGUUAAUAGGCUGUGGCAAGUGGAUGUUUUGCCCUUUCAGAAUGAAAGGGAGUGCACCAGGUCAAAACAGAACCAAAGGGCUGUUGAACUAUUGGAAGCCAAAACAGUUCGCGGUGCACAGCUAAAAACCCAGUUGCAGAAAGAGUUAACAUUGCCACUUCGCCACGCAGUUCUCUGGACAGACUCCACUACAGUGCUGUCUUGGAUUCAGUCAGAGUCUUGCCAUUUCAAAGUUUUCGUCGGUACCAGAGUGGCUGAAAUCCGCGAGCUUACCAACACCACUAACUGGCGUUACGUGAAUUCAGUUCAAAAUCCAGCGGACGACCUUACACGAGGAAAGACUCUAAAGGACCUUGCUAAGCCCAUUCAAAAUCCAGCGGACGACCUUACACGAGGAAAGACUCUAAAGGACCUUGCUAAGCCCAACAGAUGGAGUCAAGGGCCCCCAUUCCUGCUUCUUUCCUCAGAGAACUGGCCAACAAACCCUACAGAGUGCCCCGAGAUCGACAAGUCUGAGCUCAAGAAAUCUGCAUUCUGUGGAGUUGUAGCUGUAGACCGACAAUUUGGCAGUGAGUACAAGACCUGGACAGAACUGGUGAAGGCCAUUGCACAGGAGCUACAUGGGGCGGCUGGAGAAUCAGGAGAACCUACAGCAAACACUUACCAGACAGCAGAGAUGUACAUACUCCAGAAGGUGCAAAAAAUAAGGAGACAGUUCUGGGUGCUAAGAGGAAGAGCGGCCAUCCGCAUAUUACAGCAUGCCUGUACGGAAUGUCAAAGGCUGAGAGCCAAACCUACCUUUCCCAAAAUGGCAGAUCUUCCUUUGGCACGCUUGCGCUUCUACAAGCCAGCCUUUCAUUCAACCGGCAUGGAUUGCUUCGGCCCCUUUCUAGUAAAGAUUGGUCGACGAGUAGAAAAGAGGUGGGGAAUCCUCUACAAGUGUCUUACCACACGAGCCGUACACAUAGACCUGCUGAACAGCUUGGACACCGAUUCAUUUCUGAUGUCACUUCGGAGGUUUAUUGCACGUAGAGGUUCCCCAGUAGAAUUACUGUCGGACCAAGGAACAGAUUUCCGAGGUGGGGAACGGGAACUGUGCGAAGCAUUCCAAGCCAUGUCACCUGAUCUCCAGCGAAAACUCGCACCACAGAAGAUAGGGCCCCUUUCUAGUAAAGAUUGGUCGACGAGUAGAAAAGAGGUGGGGAAUCCUCUACAAGUGUCUUACCACCCGAGCCGUACACAUAGACCUGCUGAACAGCUUGGACACCGAUUCAUUUCUGAUGUCACUUCGGAGGUUUAUUGCACGUAG